UGCCAAGAACGCGAAGAAAGCAACGGAGGUAAGACAAGCUUUCUGCCGUGUUGCUUCGUGUGUGUGCGAGGUGUGACAUUCUCUGCUCUGCCUUGUCUGGGAGUGUUUGGUGUGUGUGCGAGGUGUGACGUUUUCUGCUCUGCUUUGUCCGAGUGUUUGUGUGUGCGAGGUGUGACAUUCUCUGCUCUGCCUUGUCCGAGUGUUUAGUGUGUGUGCGAGGUGUGACUUUCUCUGCUCUGCCUUGUCUGAAAGUGUGUGAGGUGUGACGUUCUCUUCUUCGAGUUUUUUCUGC